AUGAACGGUGUGACUCACACCCGGUUAUCGCGGGAGCUUCAAAUGGAAACCAUGUUUGACAUGAGGCAGGACAGAAUGCCAAUAAGGCGCGACUUCGACAGAUCUUAUAAGAUCUAUAUUCCUAGUUGCGAGGACUGGGAGAGGCACGAGGUGCCCGCUGUUAGGAAUGGAGACGUCUGGUACACGGACGGCUCCAAGACUGAUGAGGGCGCCGGUGCCAGGAUCUACGGAUGCCAUAGCGGAGUCAGGAAGGCUCUCCCUCUUGGAGAGUUCACCACUGUAUUCCAAUCGGUGGUGGUAGCAAUCAUGAGCUGUGCUCAAACGCUAACCGCAUCAGGUGAGACGGGCAGACGCAUCAGGAUAUGCUCCGAUAGCAGGGCGGCUCUGGGAGCGUGCAUUUUUGACUCGUGGCUGGUCUGGGAGUGCAAAUGUGUUCUGAACAGACUGUCCACGGGCAACGAUGUUGCUCUUGUAUGGGUUCCAGGACACUUGAGAAUCAAAGGCAAUGAGAUUGCCGAUGAGCUAGCAAGAAGUGCCUCAUCAGCCAGGCUGAUGGGAUCGGAACCGGCUCUAGGUUUGCCCAGCUGUAUCUGCAGGGCAAAAAUAAAGGGCUGGUUACGCGUAUUACUUCAUAUCAACUAUUGGAAGGAAGAGACAAAAACCAAGUGCAGGCAGGCGAGGGUCCUGCUGGGAGAGAUACCCAGCAGGGACCUUGUCAGGAGCAUUAGGGCCUUGAGGAGAGGGGAAGUCAGGCUGGCGGUGCAGAGUUACAUGGGCCAUGACUUCACUAACUACCACAUGCACAAGGUGGGGCAUAGGGAUAACCCGAAGUGCAGGAAGUGCGAACACGAGGAAGAGACCUCCCUCCACGUAUUAUGUGAAUACCCAGCGUAUGCAGGAUAA